AUGUUAAGGAAAAUAUCCCCCAUGGGGCUCAUUCUUCAGGGGCAAUAUAGUAAGACCGUCUCUGCUCCACUAUUUGCCAUCCAGAGUUCCAAAUCCAAACCUUCCUCGGCUUCUCGUCGUAAAUCCAAAAUUUCUACUGCAGCUUAUUGUUGUCCAAAUUAUCACUGCCUUAGGUGUCCCAGGACAAUUAAGCCAUACAUGGAACGAGAAUCCUACACCCAAUGUUACUGUAGAAGAUGCCCUUCAAGAUUAAGAGGUUACAAGAAAUCCGAUAUUGCAGACAUGAAAAAUAACAUCUUCGAAACUGAAGCCAGCUUAUGGCUAUAA